UUUUUUAAUUUUUAUUUUAGUUUAAUUUUUCUUUCUUUUUGUAUAAUGCAUGGCUACACCUUCCCCAAUUAAAAAGAAUGGAAGUUUUACAAAAUCUCCAUCAAGGAAAAGCGAUCAUAAAAAUGUUGGAGGACAACACAAAGCGAAAGUUGAGCUUUCCUCAUCCAAAAAUGAUUCAAAAUCACCUCCACAUCUAAGGUGUUUGCCUCAAGCUCGUGUUAGACAUAUUAUGGAAUGUUCACCUGGAGGAGAAGAUUUAAAAAUGUCGGAGGAUGGAGUGAUUGCAAUGGCUAAAGCUGCGGAAGGCUUUAUUGAAUUAUUGGCACGAGGAGCAUAUGCGGAAACAUCUGGAGUAUCUGUCAAUUACAAUCAUUUGUCAAACUAUGUUCAUUCUAGCGAGGAAUUUGAUUUUAUACAAGGUUGGCGUAAAUUUCAAUUUUUUGAAAUUUAUUUUUCUGAUAGGGUUUGGGAUAGGGACAUUUGUUUCUUACAAUUAGGUUAA